UUCUGUCAGAAACUGCAUGAAAUCGGAUCAGAAUGUCGCACACAAACGUAAACCAACCGUCUCCCGUGAGAAAUACGUCGUUUUUUUCUUCUAACCAGCAAAAUCGUUCGCGAUUUUAGUCACGUUUUAGGUCGAGGCAGUCCGCCAUGUUCUGUGUGUGAACAUACAAGAUUAGAACCCGGGACGUUGGGUUGUUGGUUUUCUCUCUCUUCGCGCUGCGUUCUCGGCAUUUAGGCGGACCCGUUACCGAAUAAACUGUAACUCUAGAUAGUUUCUACCUUGCCUAACAUGAUCACUUUCUCCAUACAGGACCGAAAUGAGAAAAUUAGUAAAAUAAACACGUCUUGUUUUGGUUAGAAUAUUUCAGUUCGAUAAAUCGUGCAUCUACUACAAGUGUACAUGUAACGUUCUGUGCUGUUCGUGGGUGGGGCGUUUGUGUGAAAUAAGGCAUAUAUAAUCAUACAAUAAUACACUUUGCGUGGCGUUUGCGUUGGUGACAAACUCGUAAUAGUACUGCAUCGUAAAGUAGAAGUAGAAUUAGGUUAUAGCCCCCCCCCCCCAAGAUCUGCUUGGAGAUUUAGUAUAAGCUACAUGAGCCCUAGGUUAAAUAUGAACUAGCUUAACCUUUCAGGCCAGGCGUCUCUGCAUUUAAUUGUAAGAUAUGCAAAGAAAUGUUAAGCGUCGGGUUUUAGCUAUUGAAUUUAGUCAUCAGAUUUAGCCGAAAGCAUUAUUCCUGAAUUAAAAUUAAACCUACGAACGUAAUCGAAGAAAUUUAGAGCAAAAUGACGACAACCCUUAAACAUAAUGACAAUAGCAUAGACUGUAGAUAACCGCAAUUAAGUGUGAAAUACAACAUCUGUGGUACACAUACAUAAAAGAGAUACAGUCACAGUACAGAUGAUAUAAUGUGUGCCUUCGACUGUCUUGCUGUUGCUGGAAGCUGUUGGAUCCUGCCUGUUCAGUUUUAGUCCCCACACCAAGUGACACACCCUUGGGAACAUGGACGCCAUCACACAGGUCACAGGGCUUUCAAGUCGCUUAAGAGGCCCUACUCCAGAGAGGAGCGACAAGACAGUGUGGGUAAUAAAGACACCUCCUACAACUACCACCUACGUGUAUGGAGGCCUCGGUGAGGUUGAUCCUGGGGUAUGGCGAAGAUUUACGUGGGGAACCUGCCGCCGCACGCAGACCAAAGUUUGCUGCAUGCCACGUUUGACUCCUUCGGGCAGGUGACAGAGUGUGACGUGCUGAGGGAUGCAACUAAGGUCUAUGCAUUUGUGCACAUGAAGGACAUGUCCUGUGCAGAGAAGGCUGUGCUCGCUCUAAACGGUAGUGAGUUCAUGGGAACCCACAUACUUGUUCAGCAUUCCACUAGUAAACGUCGUCCGUACGACAGACCCGAGGGAGGUGGGGGCUUUUCUCGCGGCGGCUGGUCCAACAACUACUCCAGCGAUGGCAACAGAGGCGGCCGAGGAGGGGGGCCUACCGACUUCAAGCGCAGACGCACAGACUACGGAGGCGGGGAUCAGUAUGGGGGUUACGGGGAUUACUCUUACAGCGGUGGAUAUGACAACUACGGAGGGGGUUACGGGGGUUAUGACUACAACCAGUAUUACCAAAACUACUACAGGCAAGACCAAGGCAUGGAUUAUAACAGGAUGCAGCAUGGAGGAGGAAACUACCGCGGUCGUGGCUACAACAACCGCGGCUGGCAGCCUCGCGGGAACUACGGUCAGAGGGGUGGCUUCAGAGGGGGCAGGGGCAGAUAUCAGCAAAACAAUUCCAUAAAUGUUGAGAAGAAGGAGGAGUAUGAUCAGCCAGGUCAGAAGUCCCUGUUGGAGGCCAGUAACGACGCUCUGGACUUUCUGGACUCUCAAAUCUCCGACCCAACAUUCCAGUCCGGACACACAGACAUCGCCUACUACUUCAGGGCACCCAUGGCGUUCUACCUAGGCGGUGCGACUAUUCAGGCUCACACAAUGUUAGACUUUAUCAAGACAACCUUCAUGAGGGAAGAUGGAGAUUUCAUUUCACCUGGGAUGGACACUGGAAAGAAGAGCAUCAAUGGAGCGUAUAACGAGUUUUACAGCUACACCAACGGGUGGAUCGCUAUGGCUGCACUGAGGAUGGGCAGGUUUGAUGUGGCCACAUACGCCUACCAGUACCUCAAGACCUUCCUACAUCCUACACUCGGCGGCUGUACUACAAAAGGUCCUUACGUAGAAGGCAGUGACAAUGUUGUUGAUCUUCUCUCCACUGCCCACCUCGGCCUCACAUUCCUGUACUUCGGAGACAUCGAGUGCGGUCGCUUGUGCGGAGAACUUGUCAAGAAAUUUGUGGAGAAGAAGGAGGAGGACAAGUUUUACCUGCGAAUGAGCAACGAUGGAGAACUCAUCAAAAACUAUGAGGCUGACUCGGCUGACUUCUAUGUCAUCCAGGCUGACCAACCACAGCAGGCGUUCUUCAUGAUCGGCUACCCCAUGGCAUUCUGCGUGAAGCUGUACGCUGCCACGGGAGAUGAGACGUACCGAACGUGCGCAGAACAGAUCUUCCACUUCUGCAAAACCUGCCACGAGUCCAUCUACGCUUUCUCCUACAGUCACAAGGUUGCCUGGGGUUCGGCCCUCCUGGCUUCGUGUUCCGUCGAGAGUCAGAAAUACGCCGAGUCAGCGAGGAAGAUCGCCGACUACCUGGUGAACCUACAGAGCAGCAGGGGGGGAUUCCUGGACAGUAGUGAGGAUCUGGAGAACUUUGACCAGACUGCAGAAAUCGCUGUGUGGCUGAGAGAGAUUGAGUCGGAGCUGCGGUUUAACCAGCAGCAGGCAGCAGCUACAGCAGCAGCUACAACAGGAACAACUGCAGCUGGGCAGAACGGAAACACAGACACAGGUGGCACAGAGGGCACAACAGAGUCCGAACCAGCUGCACCUGGCACAGAGGGAGAGCCGCCUGCCCCCGGAACGGAGACAGAACCGCCUGCACCUGGUACCGAGGUCGACCCGCCUGCACCUGGCACAGAAACCCUUCCUACAGCUGCAGCUGAAGCUGCAGCUGAAGGCGCAACCACCUGGCCCGCACCUGCUACAGAGGGGACAACAGAGGCAGAAGCUACAGCGACAGAAGGGGGAGACACAGAAACACCUGUAGAGCAGGAACAGACCGAAGUCGGUGCAAGUGAGCCGGCCAUUUUGGAGGAGGGGGGCGUCAGCGAGACUGUAGCUGAAGCUGCUGUAGAGUCGGAAGUUCAGGAAUCUGGAGAUGUUGCCGAACCGAUGGAAUCAUAAAAAUGUCCUCUUUUCCGCUUUCUGUGCAAGGAUAGCCUCCGUAGCAGGCUUACAGAACUGGGGAUUUGGUGGUCUUCGGCUGUUGUCUGAUUAGCCCAGUUCUUUCCAUGGAAAGCUUUAAAAUUCAAUGGAAGGCUCCAUGAUCUGUGUACAUCAAUGAAGGUUAGACAUCCAGGUAAUGAGAUACACAAGGAAAUUGUUACUCAAGCUACCGGAUAGGAUCUGAAAACAGUUUUUCCUAUGUCGAUGAACGUUAGACAUUCAGGUGAUGAGAUAUACAUGUACAAGGUAAUUGUUACUUAAGAAAUCAGAUUUUGAAUUUUUAAAGUCACUGAUGAAAAGGAGUGUAUGCAACUUGAAUCGUUUUACAUUUUUCAAAAUCUGCCCAGUUGCUUGAGUGGCCUUUUUGUUGUUCACUUUAUGUGUAUGUCUACGAAAUGUUCUUUGGAUGCAAUCUUGAAGAGUGUGCACUUACAGUAGCUGCACUACAUGACAUGAGUAUUUGUUGUGAAUGCAUUUAUAUUUGAGUUUUGGGGAUAUUACAGUAUUUGAGUUUGAUAAUGAUGCCAUAUGUACCCACCUACAUAAUUUUGUAUUUUCUGACUGUGGUUAAAGUGAAUACAUCACCACUUCUUUGUCAAGUUGAGAUUAUGCUACGUUUUUUUUACAUUCAAGUUACUGCAAGAGAUCUUUGGUGAAAGGUGCUUAUAAUAAUAGAUUGUUGUUGCAAGUUACGCACAUCUUUUUUGUGUAUGCAAAUGUCAGUCAUAUUCCAUAGGGGAAGGAGUAGAAAUUGAUUGAAUAUCUUGGCAAUGGUUGAAACAGUUUGAAGUAUAGUAGUGAUACAGAGGGAAUGUAUAUGUACAUCGUCAUAAAUUCGCUAUCAAGAGGUCCAUGCAAAAGUAAAACCACUA